CGGGGCGACAAGUCCCGCCCCGCAGGCGGCACCGGAAGUAGCAGGCCGAGAUCAGCCUUUAAGAUGGCGUCUCCUCAGGGGGGCCAGAUUGCGAUCGCGAUGAGGCUUCGGAACCAGCUCCAGUCAGUGUACAAGAUGGACCCACUACGGAACGAGGAGGAAGUACGAGUAAAGAUCAAAGACUUGAACGAGCAUAUCGUCUGCUGUCUGUGCGCAGGCUACUUCGUGGAUGCCACCACCAUAACAGAGUGUCUUCAUACGUUCUGCAAAAGUUGUAUUGUGAAGUACCUCCAAACCAGCAAGUACUGCCCCAUGUGUAACAUCAAGAUCCAUGAAACACAACCGCUGCUCAACCUCAAACUGGACCGGGUCAUGCAGGACAUCGUGUACAAGCUAGUGCCAGGCUUGCAAGACAGUGAAGAGAAACGAAUCCGAGAAUUCUACCAGUCCCGAGGCUUGGACCGGGUCACCCAGCCCAGUGGGGAAGAGCCAGCCCUGAGCAACCUUGGCCUCCCCUUCAGCAGCUUCGACCACUCAAAAGCCCACUACUAUCGCUAUGAUGAGCAGCUGAGCCUAUGCCUGGAGCGGCUGAGUUCUGGCAAAGACAAGAAUAAAAGCAUCCUGCAGAACAAAUAUGUCCGGUGUUCUGUUAGAGCUGAAGUUCGCCAUCUCAGGAGGGUCCUGUGUCAUCGCUUGAUGCUAAAUCCCCAGCAUGUGCAGCUCCUUUUUGACAAUGAAGUUCUCCCUGAUCACAUGACCAUGAAGCAGAUAUGGCUGUCCCACUGGUUCGGCAAGCCAUCCCCUUUGCUUUUACAAUACAGUGUGAAAGAGAAGAGGAGGUAGGGGCCAAGCCCCCACCCGUCUUUGUCCCCUUCCCUCCCCAGAUAUUUAUGUGAAAUUAACUUCGGCUUUAUUUUUUGAAAUAAAAACUUUAAAAAA